GCAGUCCUCCUUUGUCAAGCUCUCCAAACGCCAUCUUGAGUUGAUGGUUGCGGUAAUCUGAAGGAGGUUUACACGAAUACUUUGGUAAUAUUUCUAAAUAUAUUCAACUAUAGAGGGAUAUCAAGGAUAGGCUAAUAGCGCUUUAAAGCAUUUUUGGUCGGACAUGGCUACGGGAGCAAAUGCAACUCCUUUGGGGAAGUUGCACCCAAGCAUUGGCGCAAAACGAGGCUUCGACGCCGGGCCGGGUGCGGGUCUAAUGGCUCCGCCAGGCCCUCCAGUGUCAUUUCCUUCUCUUCAAAAUUUUCAGCAGCCUCAGGUGCCCAAUGUUUCUUUUCCUCAACCGCUCCAAUUCGCGCCUGCUGCAGUCCCAACCUUCCCAGUCUCAAUCCCACAGCCAGGACCUGGGAUGAAAUCGCCAGCUGGAGUAGAUUUCGGUCAGAAGAAGGCAAGGAAGAAGAGUCGUUGGAGCAGCGAGACUCCUGAUCAGAAGACGGUUAUCCCUGGAAUGCCCACAGUCAUUCCCCCUGGGCUGACCCGCGACCAAGAGAGAGCAUAUAUAGUCCAACUGCAGAUUGAAGACCUGACUCGUAAACUGCGUACGGGAGACCUGGGAAUCCCUGUAAACCCUGAGGACAGGUCUCCGUCGCCAGAGCCCAUCUACAACAGCGAGGGCAAGCGCCUGAACACCCGCGAGUACCGCACGCGCAAGAAGAUCGAAGAGGAACGCCAUGCCCUCAUCACAGAGAUGGUCGGACUCAACCCCGAGUUCAAGCCUCCCGCCGACUACAAGCCUCCCGCCACUAGGGUGAGCGACAAGGUCAUGAUCCCUCAGGACGAGUACCCCGAAAUCAACUUUGUGGGGCUACUGAUUGGACCGCGUGGUAACACUCUGAAGAACAUUGAGAAGGAGUGCUGCGCUAAGAUCAUGAUCCGCGGGAAGGGCUCGGUGAAGGAGGGCAAAGUGGGGCGCAAGGAUGGGCAGAUGCUGCCGGGGGAGGACGAGCCCCUGCACGCCCUCGUCACAGCCAACACCAUGGAGAACGUCAAGAAGGCCGUCGAGCAGAUCCGCAACAUCCUGAAGCAGGGUAUUGAGACACCCGAGGACCAGAACGACCUGCGGAAAAUGCAGCUGAGGGAGCUGGCCAGGCUCAACGGCACCUUGAGAGAGGAUGACAACAGGAUCCUCCGCCCGUGGCAGAGUACAGAGCAGCGCAGCAUCACAAACACCACCCUCUGCACCAAGUGUGGCGGGGCCGGCCACAUCUCCUCCGACUGCAAGUUCACCAGCACCUAUGCCCCUCGGCCAGGGGAGCCUCCCCAGUCUGCGCAGGACAAGGCGCGCAUGGAUAAGGAGUACCUGUCGCUCAUGGCGGAGCUCGGCGAGGCGCCCGUGCCCUCCUCCGGCGGCGGUGGCGGCGGCCACGGCGGCCACUCCAGCAACCACAACUCCGGCCCCCGCGGCUCUGGACACGGCAACAACCACCAGGGCCCGCCGAGCCGGCCGCCCUGGAUGAACUCGGGCCCGUCUGAGAACAGGAACUUCCACAACAUGCACGGCGGCCACGGAGGUCACGGAGGUCACGGCGGGCACCACAACUUCCCGCCCCCCAUGCCCAGUAUGGGAGCUCCCCCCAUGCCGCCCAACCCCAACGGGAUGCCCCCGCCGUGGAUGCAGCCGCCACCUCCGCCCAUGGGCCAGGGGCCUGCUCCCCCCGGACACCCGAUGGGUCUGCUGCCACCACCUAUGGGCAUGAUGCCCCCUCCUCCCCCUCCCCCCAACGGUCAGCCCCCACCGGCCCCCUCUGGACCUCUGCCGCCAUGGCAACAGCAGGCCCCACCACCUCCUCCCACCAGCAUGGCGACCAGUGCACCACUGCCGUGGCAACAGAACACCACAACCACGUCCUCCCCUGGCACGGGUAACCUGCCGCCAUGGCAACAGCCCCAGCAGUCGGCUGCCUCUGCCUCCCAGCCGCCUCCUCCAAUGGGAACGCCAUCCAUGGUGCCCCCUCCUCCAGGAGUCCAGCCCCCUCUGCCCCCCGGCGCCCCUCCUCCUCCCCCCCCACCCCCUCCCGGCUCUGCGGGUAUGAUGUAUGCGCCCCCGCCGCCACCUCCCCCAAUGGACCCCUCCAACUUCGUCACCAUGAUGGGCAUGGGGGUGCCUGGCAUGCCACCUUUUGGAAUGCCGCCUGCACCCCCUCCCCCUCCACCACAGAAUUAAGAUGACAUCACAACCCCCCCCCCCCCCCCCCCCCCUCUCUCUCUCUUUCAACCUCACACAUGUGCCCCACCCUGCCAUCCCAGAAUAUAAACCUCCUCCGGUCUCCAUGUCAACCACGCGGGAAGGCUCUUCUGCAGGACUUUGACUGGAUUCGUCGGUAGCUGUUCAGCUGCGGACUACUCUGCUUGUGUCGGGUUGCUGCUUUUAUUCAGAAAAAGAAAAGAUUUCAGAUUGUUUGGAUUUUUUGUGGUUUGACUUCUUGUAAAUCUGUUUAAUUUAAUUUUUGAUCCAAUAUGAUUUUUUUUUUUUUCCAUUUAUAUAUUGCAAUGUUUCUGAUCUUAGUCUUGAGUUUGGUUAAUUGUCCCUGACUGGGAAGGAAUGGCAUGUGAUACUUUUUUCAUUAUAAUUAUUAUUUGUCUUCCUCUCUUUUGGUGAAGGUGCAUUGAAACUUCCAUCAACUCCUCUGUCCCGUGAAUAGUGAGUCUCUUUAAGAUACAGAUUUGACAUUCCAACCAGUAAGUGAUCAUUUUAUAUCAGUGCAGUGCAGAAUUUAUUUUCUUGCUUAAAGAAAUUACAUUAAUCGUAUAUAUUAAUCUCAACAAAGGCUUCAGAUGUUCUUAAUUUUUCAACUUCCAUUAAGCUGUACAAAAUCGCUUCUGCGUCCCAUUCACAAGCCCACACCCAAAUUAACACUUCAUCUGACGUGUUCACUGCCUUCCUUGAAGUUUUACUAAAUAUUUUUGUAAAGAGGUUGAAAUAAAAUAAUACAUACAAAAACAAAAGGUAUAGUGAGAAACAAAACAAACAAACAAAAAAAAGGAUAUUGCUUUGCCAUGCUUACUGCACCUAGCCUACACGCCAUUGGUCUUCAUGUAAAUACAGGUUACAGGUUCUUAUUUUUUUAGUAUUAAUUAUUUUUUUUCUGUACAUUUUUGAUUGAAAAAUGAAUGCAUGUGUCUUGAUUAGAGUUGAAUACGAGUGGGUUGGACUGCUGAGAUUGGGCCCCUACAUUAAGUGCUAUUAUUAUUUCUGGCAGUACAUUGGAUUGAUUCCAAAUCUCAAUCGAGCGUCAGGUCUCGGCAGCCUCUUCAACUCCCCUGUUUUAUGGUCAUGCAUCUUGUACUAGUGGGUCUUUUUUUUUUUUCUUUUCUUUCUUUUUUUUGUUGAGUUUUUGAUAAUUUUAAAAGCCUACAGAUGAGUUUGAUCACAUGGUAUUAAGGACAAACUGCAUUACCCUGCAUUUUGCUUACUUCUCUCAUGGCGUCUGUGUCUGGCCCUAAGUUGUGAAGUCUAGUUUGAGAAGAUAUCAUAAAAAGGAAACAAAAAAAAAAAAAACACUUGGAGUUUGUUGCUUGUAAUUAAACCCACUCUUCUUAAA